UUCUGUCCCCGCAGGGGGAGAAGGAGGGAGGCAGGGAGGGAAGGCAGGAAGGAGCGGUGUUCUUGCCGCCGCCUCUGCCAUACUGGGAAGAGACUCGGGGAUCCUGGAAACUGGCGGGGUGAUGUGUUUGGGGCGGGGGGCGGCGGCGGCGCUCUUGCUGCUGCCGCCGCCUCUGCUACCGCUGGAGAAAGAAGACGAGGACAAGGAGGGCGAGGAGGCGCCGGCGGAGGAGGCUGAAGCCGGGGGUGGCUGCUGCCCGGCGGGCCCGGGCUUGCGGGGACGGAUGCUGCGGAAGAGUGCGCGGCUGGGUGGUGUAGCUGCUGCCGCUUGCAAGCAGACGGCGACGGGAGCUGCCGAUCGGAAGGGCCGGGCCGAAGCAGCGGACAAGGAGGCGAAGAUCCCGCGGAGCCGCGGCAGUCUUAAAAUGUAUUCAUCUCGCCCUGCUCUCCAGCGGCCAUGUUAACCACCAGGAAAGCUUCAGCUGCUGGCGCUGGAGGGGCUGCUGCCGCUUGCCCAGCUGGCAGCAGGAGCGGAGGGGAGAGCGCUCGCCCGUUCCAGGCUUCCCCGGGGAUUGGAGCCGGAGGGGCCUCUCGCACGGGCGCUGGGACCGGACCGCCUUCCCCCAUCGCUCUGCCGCCGCUGAAGCCCAGCAGCGCCGCCCACUCGGUUGGUGGAAAUAAGCACACAAUGAAUGAGCACCUACAUGUUGCCAGCCAUGGGCAGAUACAGGUUCAGCAACUGUUUGAAGACAAUAGCAACAAAAGGACCGUCCUGACAACGCAACCCAAUGGGCUUACAACAGUAGCAAAAUCAGGAUUGCCGGUGGUGCAAGACCGACAGCUGGACAGCGCUCAUAGGCGGCAAGGGAGCUCCAGCUCUCUGAAGUCCACAGAGGGGCCAGGGAAGGUGAAAGCAUGUCCUUUAACUCCAGAGCAAGCAAUGAAGCAAUACAUGCAAAAGCUAACAGCCUUUGAGCAUCAUGAAGUCUUCAACUACCCUGAAAUCUACUUUUUGGGUCCAAAUGCAAAGAAGAGACAAGGUGUAAUUGGUGGUCCAAACAAUUGUGGAUAUGAUGACGACCAGGGGUCUUACGUACAAGUACCCCAUGAUCAUAUCUUAUACAGAUAUGAGGUCCUGAAGGUUAUAGGGAAAGGAAGUUUUGGACAAGUGGUGAAGGCCUAUGAUCACAAAAUGCAUCAGCACGUAGCCCUGAAAAUGGUGAGGAACGAGAAGCGUUUUCACCGCCAAGCCGCAGAAGAAAUUAGAAUUCUGGAGCACCUAAAAAAGCAGGAUAAGGAUAACAACAUGAACGUUAUACACAUGCUGGAAAACUUCACAUUCCGCAACCAUAUCUGCAUGACAUUUGAGUUGCUGAGCAUGAACCUUUAUGAGCUCAUCAAGAAAAACAAAUUUCAGGGCUUUAGCCUGCCACUGGUUCGUAAGUUUGCCCACUCGAUUUUGCAGUGCUUGGAUGCUUUGCACAAAAACAGAAUCAUUCACUGUGACCUUAAGCCAGAGAACAUUCUGUUGAAGCAACAGGGUCGGAGUGGCAUUAAAGUUAUUGAUUUUGGCUCCAGCUGUUACGAGCACCAGCGUGUCUACACUUACAUUCAGUCACGUUUUUACCGUGCUCCAGAAGUCAUCCUCGGUGCUCGUUAUGGGAUGCCCAUAGACAUGUGGAGCCUGGGCUGCAUUCUUGCAGAGCUCUUAACAGGUUAUCCACUCCUUCCAGGAGAAGACGAAGGGGAUCAGCUGGCUUGUAUGAUAGAACUGCUGGGCAUGCCUUCUCAAAAACUGUUAGAUUCAUCCAAAAGAGCAAAAAAUUUUGUGAGCUCAAAGGGUUAUCCCCGGUACUGUACCAUUACUACCUUGUCAGAUGGUUCUGUAGUACUCAAUGGUGGCCGUUCCCGGAGGGGCAAGUUGCGUGGCCCACCAGAGAGCAGAGAGUGGGGGAGCGCACUGAAAGGAUGUGACGAUCCCCUCUUCCUUGACUUCUUGAAACAGUGUUUAGAGUGGGAUCCUACCUUGCGCAUGACACCCGGUCAGGCUUUACGGCAUCCCUGGCUAAGGAGACGUUUGCCAAAGCCUCCGACUGGGGAGAAGACAUCAGCAAAAAGAAUAACAGAGAGCACUGGUGCUAUCACAUCAAUUUCCAAGUUACCUCCAACUUCAAACUCAGCUUCAAAACUGAGGACUAAUCUGGCACAGAUGACAGAUGCCAAUGGGAAUAUUCAGCAAAGAACCGUGUUGCCAAAACUUGUUAGCUGAGUUUGAAUAAUCUGAUGCUGAUUUUGCAAACAACAAGAAUUAUUAUGUCACUGAGCCUUAUUCAUAUGAAAAAGUAGCUCAGAUUUCUAUUUUUAUUUGCUCAGUAACUUUAAACAUUUGUAUUUUUUCAGUACUCACUUUAAAUAUGUAAGAAAAUUGGGUUUGAUUUUAUAAAAAUAACAUGGGGACAAUGCUUUAAGUUUUUACACUUUUUUUUAAUGAAAUGUUUUUCUUAUAAAAUACAGUUAGCCUUACUAUGGGAUUUGUGUGGCACGAUAAUAAGUGUCAGUGGCAGGCCACUGGUUAUGACCUAACAACCAUAUAUUAUAGUUUGAUGGGGAGUGGAGGCUCUGUUCUUCACCCACCCCAUGGUUCAUAUUGGCUUUUCCUUGGAGUGAAUAAUACUUGCCUAUUUCUGCUUUUGAUUGUAGCAGUAGACUCCAAUCCCGCAAACAUUGACCUGUAUUUUUCUUUGGCGAUUUAGAAAACAUUCAGGGGUACAAGUGAAGGUUCUGCAUAGCUGCUUGUAGAAGCUGCAUCCCUAAUAGAGAUAAUUAACAGAUUUCUCGCACCUAUAGCAGGUAUCUGCUACAUGACAAUGAAGACGUUGAAAAGCUGUAGGGGGUUUUCAUUUCGGCACACUCACACCAGCCCCCGAGCUUGCCCCAGUUCCCAUGUGGCAUUUCCCUGUCUGGUGUCCAGAGAGGGAAAAUGGAAAUUCUGGAAAAAAGUAAAAUAUAUGCAAGACUUUCUUUCUAAAGUCGAACUUAUUUUAUUGCUUUUACAGCAUAAAUGCAUAAUUUAUAACUUAGCUUAUAAAUUGCAGUAUUUGGCAUAUUUAUGAACUUCAGAGAGCAAUCACCUGCAUGUUUACUCAGAAGUUUACAGUUAUUCUAUGGACCUUGCUCCCAGGAAAGUGCACCCAGAGGGGCAGCCUCAAAAUUUAAAAUGCUUUAGGCUGCUAUCCUAUACACUCUUAAACCUGGAAGUAAGUCCCACUGGACUAAGCGGGACUUAUAUAUCUGAGUAGACAGGCAAAACAUUGCACUGUUUGGUAGCAGAGCGUCUGUGUCUGACUCAGCUAAGAGGAAUAGCGAAAGAAUUGACUGCAAGGAAGGUGCAAAAUGCAUUUUGGAGAUGAAUGUUGUGUAUGCUGACUGUACACAGGAAUUUCCAUUCUUGAACAUGGCCAUUCAUUUCAAAAGGGAAAAUAUUUCAUGAGAGUGUAUUUCAGGGUUCUCCCAAAUUUCCAAUUGUUUGAUUGGAAAAACUCAACAAAAAAAGGAGCCCUUGGGAGGAAAGAAUAAGGAAAGAAGAUUCCUGCACCCCACCCCACUUCACGCAGCCAAACCAGAGCCUUUUUCUGGAUGCAAGAGCAGACUUAAGCUGCCCUUUCAGCUCUGUAUACCGCAUGGGUCUAACAUUUUCAGGAUUCUCACUGUCUACCAGGUCCAUCAAUGCAGGCAGCAAGCAUACUCUGAUUGACGUUUCCCUCUCCUUUCCUCCAGGUUCUGUAUUGUGGAAGUCCCACGGCUACCUCGGGUUGGAUCACUUAGGGGUUCCAGCAUGUGCCAGCCAGCCUUGCUAACUGGGGCAUGCUCAGAGUUGUAGGAUUAUUUUCUGUCUAUACAUGCUUAAGAUCACGCCCUUAGGGACUCACAGUUCAGUUUUACAUGUAAUACUCUUUUUACAGGCUGUGAAUAAUUACUCGUACCGCAUCAAAUGAGGUACGAGUAUAAUUUAACUAUUACAGAAUUAAACCCAGAGGUAGGCAACCAGGUAUCCUCCAGGUAGUUUUUACUACAAGUCCCAUAAAAACUAGGCAUUUUCUGGGGCAUAUGGGAACAGUUAUCCAAAACUUCUGGAAGGCACCAAGUUGCUUAUCCUUGUGCUGAGAUAUAUAUGUGUGUGUGUGUGUGUUUUACCCCAUUGAACCUGUGGGUUCAGAUCUGUUAAGGAAUGGACAGAAUUCUUUGAUUUUUCUCCAGAAACAGCACAGAGUUCCUGGAAUAUUUCUGUAUGGAAGUUUUCUUGCCAGGAUUGGUUUGAAUGUAUUGACCUGGCUUUAUUAAUCCAUUAAUCCAUACUAAGAUUCCAAAACUUUGCUCAGAACUGGGGCAGACCAACACAGUAUGUGUGAUAUUUGUGUGCUCCCAGUGUCCAGUUUCCCAUUAGCUCUCCCACAAAUCUGCAGAAAUGAGCUCCAAAAUAUAUUGUUUAGGAAUUUUCAAUCAAUCAGUUACUAAAUAUGAACAAAAUGUUCUUCAGAAAUGAUAUAAUAUCCUUAUUAGUAUAGAAGGAUAAAUGAAGGUGGAUGGAAGCAUGCUAUCUAUAGAUCUGAUGUGAUUUCUGAAGGAAAAAACCAUGCAAAGCAAAAUAUUGCAUACUGGACAUUGAAGCAGUAAAAACUUUGAGAUACAUAUUUGUAUUCUUUUGUUCUCACCUGUUAUCUUCUGUCUACCUGUGCUUGAAAGCACAGAGCAGCCUUUACAUGUGUAUUCAGAAGAACUGUCUGAUUUGAAUCUGUGUUGACCAGACCCCUGUAGAAAUUUCAAUUUUUGCUUUGGACAGUAUCCAGUGUUGUCACAGCACAAGUGCUAAUGAUGUUGCUAGGCAAAGGGGAAAAGCGGUGAAUCGCUGCUGAAAUUUGGUGGUAAACAGCACCACUGAAAUUUGGUGAUGAAUCACUGCCUUAUCUUUUUCUUAGCAAGUGUUAAUGCCAUUUUGCUCGUGUCACUUCAUCCCUGUGCAAUGAUAUUGGCAAUAGCACUGAGAAAGCAUUGGAUAUCAACCCUGAUUUUUACAGAGAGAAAGGUUAGGCACAAUUCACCAGGAAACUUAAUAGUACACUCUUAUUAAAUUAAAUACGAGUGGUACAAGAGUUCCACUUGUGCCCAUUCAUUUCAAUGGAAGUUGUGCUGGAGAAUGCCUUGCUGGAUAUGGUUGCCUGAUGGAUUAUGACCUCAAUGAUACAUCGUACCACAACUGAGGCUACCAUUAUUUAGCUAUUUCUGUAAACCAUAUUUGGGUUGUUGUUUUUAAAAAAUGGAACUCUAAAAGCAAUAUGCAGUAUACUAUCUAAAUAUUAGAGCUGUGCUGUUUUACAAUUGUUGCAAAACAUGUGUUCAAGUUACCCCUGUGUGCACAUCUAGAACAUCUGGGCCAAUCAGGUUUUCCAGACAUGUUCACUGGUGUGCUUAAAUAUGUGUGCUAAUACAUAUUUCACGUCUACAUUGUAUGUAUCUGUUGCUGAAAACAUCAAUACACCAGUGAUGAUUCCUACAGUAAUUCUAUAGCACUGCCAUUAGAUUCUAGAGGCAUUACUUGAAUAUUUAAGGAGCUGUCUAUGAGAUAUUCUAGUAAUCAGUGGAGUUGCAUCUAUUCUUCUAGUGUCUUUCCUUAGGAAUCAUGUUCCAGAUUUGUCGAAGAUCUCGUCCAAGUGUUGACUGGUACAAAUGAGUGGUUUGAAAACGAGACAGAAGCAUUUGUGCAGCAAAUAAAGGCAUGUGCAAGCUUUAACUCAUUUACAAGUUUGGUAUGCUUGGGAAGCUUGUAUGGAGAGAAAGUCAAAAGACAGUUGCAGCUUCAUGUUACCUCUUAAUGGAAACUUCGAAUGAAAGAGCAGGCAUUAGGUUGAUUUUUCAGUUUUGUAAACAUGGUCAUUUUCAAGGAAGGACACCUUGGGCCUGUUCACUUGCUUCUUCUGUCACAGAGAGGCUUGAAGUUUUGAUCAGAUAGACAUAGGUUAGAUGUAUGUAGUGCAACCUAGUUAAUUUUUUAUUUAUUUUGCAUGGAGAAGGAAAGCCAAGACCAGGUUGAAUGAAAAUAAUUCAAAUACACGGAUCCUGCAUUGGAAGAUUUUUUUUUUCAAAUGCAAACUAACGUUGUUAAAAUCAAUGUUACAUAUGCAGUGAUCAUGAUAUUUAGUGAGAAGUUUUAAAUUGUCUCAGGCUUAAAUUCAAACAAUUGUGGGUACUAGAAUAAUGAGAGAUUUGGUUUGGUUUUAGCAAGCUUCAAUAAUAAUGUUCACAACUUUGAUGAUAUGCACAAAUCUAAUUACAAUAAUUGUAAACAAUGUCUUUAGUUACUUAAAGCAUGGUCCCCAGAGAGGCCAAGAAAGUUUCCGGUCAAUUUCUUUAAAAAAUUCAGAUAUUUCAUAUUUUUUAAAAAAUGAAAAUGUGUUUUUGUUAACUAUGCUUUGUGAAAUGGGCAUACAUUAAAAAAAAUGAAUUCUCAGGAAACAAAAAAUUCCCUUGCUUGCCAACCUCCCCACAAACUGAUCUGUGGCUAAAAGAAGAUGUUUGUUAAUAUUUAGCAAUGUUCGUUAUUAUGCCUAUUUAAAUUCCCAUUUUUAGAAACCUCUUAAAUUCCCAAAUGACACUAAAUUAUUUAUAGUAUUAAAUGUAUGCCAUUCUCUAGUGUGUGGCUAUGCAAUAUGCAUACAUGUGUGUAACAGCAAAAGCAACUUUGGGAUCUAAGCGUCCAUUGAUUACCUUGAUGAUUAGCUAUACACUUAGCCUGUGAUCCCAGUCCCCAUGGGCCCCCAGUGCUUGACUGGAGCUCUGGAUGUACAGCUUUCUCCAUUCAGAGAGAUGCUGGGCAGCAUGCGAGCAACAGUGGCUAUAUGGGGAGCCCUGCAUAGAUGUGAAUGGGAGUUUUACAUGCACAGGAGUGUGCUAGUAUGGGCCAGGUGCUUGGGAUGGACCUGUGAUUUCUUCCCCCACCCCGCAAAAUUCAUAGUAUUAAAUAAAUGUGUCCAUUACAUUUUAAUGCAAUCCUGCAGAUGUUAACAUAAAUGGGAAAGAAUUGUGAUGGAAACAAGGAACCAGAACUUAAAUACUGAUCGUGCAUUUGUAAUUGGUCAUAAUCAUAGAGGCUACCGGAAACUUUUAGGCCCAAAUACAGUGUGCAGAGCUGCUGCUUCUUCUUUAAUCCUAAUAUGAAACAUCCUGUGUGCUUUCACAGUAAAAAGGGGCAGAAAUCUUACAGUUUUUACUGAGCUGGCUGCUUUUUAUUGUAGUUUAUUUUUAAUUGGUAUAGGGAGGGGAAAUAGGGAAGAAAAAAAACACAUUUUAAAGGAUGUUGCCUCUUGCUUUGACAUGAUUUUGUUUCUAAGGGCUCUAAUUAGUUGGUCUGAUAGAGGUUGGCUUGGAAACUUUGCUUAGCAUCACUUGUUACCAUUGUCUGGGGACAUCUGUGCUUCUUCGCAGAAGUAGGAACAGCACAGUGUUGCCUUUUCUUGAGUAGCAGUCUCAUUUUGCCCAGCUCGUGUGCUGCUGGAGGGUUGGAAAAUUUGCUUCUUCAGUAUGUUGGUAUAACCAGGAGGACAAUAGAGUGCAAGAUGUGUAAAAGAAACAUGGAGAAUCAAAUUGUGCCCUUGAUGUUAACAAUGUGCCUUUUGUUACGAACAACUUCAUGUUGUGCAGCAUGCAAUGUUGUCUCUUUAACCCUUUGAAUGCUGUACUAUGUACUAAGGUGGAAAUCUAUUUUUAAAAUACUAUACUUGUUUUUAAUAUGUCUCUCUGCCUAAUCUACUAGCAGCUUCUCCUGUGUACAUCUCAGUGAAAUUAAUGAGUGCUCCAUGAGAACAUUUUAGUAUAUUCUCAAAAGAUUCACAAUUCUAUCCAUUGGGUAUGAGCAGGAGAGGUUUCCAGUUGAUUUUGCCCCGAGUUUUCAGGGCUUUACUAUAGAUCAGCAAGGCUAUCAUACUAUUCAGCAGGAGACAGAAUACUCUGUUGUAGUUAUUUUCAUGCUCCUUCAAGGGUUAAAGAUGGCACUUCAUAGUAGUUAGCUGUAACCUUAACAUUGGACUGAUUUUUAAAGAACUAUUUUUUGUUUUGGUAUGACAGCACUAGACAGAAUCAACUGUAUUUGUAAAAAGGAAAAAAAUUACCUCAAACUGUUUAAUUUUAUAGUGAGAAUUAAUCCCAGGGCAUUUGGUAUGAACCAAAGUGCAUUCCUUUUCUACGCGUCUGGCUCCAAUAAAUGCAGCCGGGAAUUUUUACAAUUUGGGUGCAAGGCAUUUAAUGCCACUUUUACCUUGGUGGGUGGUUUGGGGGUCAUGAAAGGACUCCUGAAGAAUGUUGUUGUUGUUGUUGUUUUAAUAAAAAGACACUUUAUGGCUACUGCGAAGCAGGCAGCAUUGAUGACAAUGGGGCUUGCAUGAAACCUUGCGCAGAUGCCAUUGAAGUGAAUGGAGACUGGACAGCAACAGUGCUUGGGGGAUUGUGUCUGUUAAAGUAGCAAUGGGCUAUAUUAGACUCUUUAGGCACGUGUCAGAGUUCUUCAAUUCCGUCUAUUUUUCAUAAGGUUUUUUUCAAUCAGAGGUAGCUGGUAAACAUAUAUUCUUUUCUUUUUUAAACAUUUUUAUGUCAGUAAAGAUUUUAGCAUUACCCACUUGAAAUGCUAUGGUAGCAUUAAAAUAACAAAAACAUUUGUGAAUUACAUGGUUUCUAGGGGCAUGUACAUCUGUGCUACAAAAUACAAAGUAAUAUGAAAAAGUCAUUGUAUUUACUCAGCUCAAUUGCUACGAUUAUGUCUAAGGUGUACAUUGGGUUUGUUUUUCUUUUCUUUUUUAAAUAAGCAAUGACUUAGACACGUGACUGUAAUAUGCUGCAAUUGUGUGUACUGAAAAUGUGGAAAAAUGAUUGAAUGUGGAUUGUGUAUAUAUGUAUGUAAAUUUUUACGUGAGAUGCUGCUGCUGUCACAGCCAACUUCACAUUAAAUAUGUUGUAGGAGGUUUUAAUCCUUGUGGCCAGUUUUAUGAUACUGCAUAUGUAUUGUAUAGCUGAGAACAGGAGUUAAAACUGUUUUAGUGAAUAUUUGUUACAUUUAUUGUUGUGGCCAGAGAUCAUUUCAGAAUAAAAUUUUAUGUCCUGCAUAAA